UCCAUCACUGUGUAUCUGCGAAGGAAGGACUGGGAGCUUAGGAAAUAAACAAAAGACGAGUUCAGAUUAAUAAAUGUUUUAAAGGCGAACCAAAACCUUUUAACCACGCGUUUGCAGUCUUUAGGUUGAUUUGCACUAAAAUAAAUUCUAAAUGGAUAUGAAUUGCGACCUAUCGCUGCGAGUGAGCGUCUUCUCCGAACAAGGAGGAAGAAAAUACAUGGAGGAUUUAACGGAGGUGAUCGUGGAGCUGGAACCCACCGACGAUGAGCUGCAGGCGGCGGGACACGCUGAUCCAAAGCCGGACCAUGAGGCGGUCUCUGAUAGUGAACCGCCAGACUGCUCAAACAGCCCUUUACCGGUGCUAAUAACGUGGAGAAACCCGCUGUCGACCGAGGAAGCUGACGGUACGGAUGAGCCUGGGACUCAACCGGCGGCGGCGGACAGCAGGAGAUCGGUCGCCUUCUUCGCCGUGUUUGACGGACACGGAGGGCGAGAAGCUGCGCUGUUCGCUCGAGAUCACCUCUGGGAUUUUCUCAAGAAGCAGCGGGGAUUCUGGUCUAAGGAUUACCGGAAAGCUUGUUCGGCAAUUCGGAAGGGCUUCGUCGCAUGUCAUCACGCGAUGUGGAAAAAGCUUCCUGAAUGGCCCAAGACUUUAACUGGUCUCCCCAGUACCUCGGGCACUACAGCCAGUGUGGUGGUCAUCAGAGGGGACCAUAUGUUUGUGGCUCAUGUUGGGGAUUCAUCUGUGGUUCUGGGCGUGAGAGAAGACCCCUCGGAUAAGGUCAUCAAAGCUGUGGAGGUCACUCAAGACCACAAGCCCGAACUCCCGAAAGAGAAGCAGAGAAUUGAGGGACUGGGAGGCAGUGUGGUGAAGAAGUCUGGUGUGAACCGUGUGGUGUGGAAACGGCCUAGGCUAAGUCACAAUGGACCAGUCAGGAGAAGCACCCCAAUCGAUCAGAUCCCCUUCCUUGCUGUCGCCAGGGCUCUUGGUGAUCUAUGGAGUUAUGACUUCUACAGUGGGGAAUUUGUGGUGUCUCCUGAACCUGACACCAGUGUGGUGACCCUGGACCCAAGAAGGCAUCGUUAUAUCAUCGUUGGCAGUGAUGGCCUUUGGAACAUGGUGCCACCGCAAGAGGCAGUAACUGUGUGCCAAAGCCACGAUGAGGCUGUGGCACCUUUUGGGAUGUCUGUUGCACGUCGGUUGGGUUGCCAUGCGUUGAUGCGAUGGCGCCAGCGGAUGCUUCGUGCCGACAACACCAGUGUCAUAGUUAUUGCGCUUCCUGAGCCUGGCAAACCCCACUUACCUAUGCACAGAGACGAGGUCAUACUCAGCCUAGCAGAAGGUCCACACUGUGAUCCAGCAACAGGAUCCCGCUCCAACACGCCGCUAAUCAAGACUCCAGAUCCAGACCUGUCUUCAGCCAGCAGUGAGUCUUUACCAGCACUGGAGAGGAGGAACGGCCUGUCAGGAGUGAGUCUCUGCGCUGAAGCCCCGCUAGAGGAAAACCUUCCUUACAUUGAGCACGCCGAUAAAACCGCCUUGACUGUGUGUCCCAGCGAGGGCAAGCGGACCCCAGACACUCCCCUGUCUUCUCCGGUGGGCAAGAGGCCCAGACGAAGCCCCCUCACCCCCAGCAGCUCCCGCAAGAGGACUACCGAACGCUCCGUCCCCAAACGCAACACCACCAAGAGUCAAAAACGGACUCCCAGCGUCUCCAUACUGCAGCACCGCAAAGCAGCGCUCUGCGUCUGCUGAACACAAACUCAACCUACAUUCUGCUCUCAGAGCUUCUGCAUGAUCACAAGAGUAAAUAACUGUUAGCGUUUUUGUCCCUGUUUUGACUGUAUGCCACUGUUUCUGUUUGUAGAGUAAGGUUGUGUUGUUGAUUUUUCUUUUUGUCAUGUGUUUUCAUUGCGUUAUUCUUUCCUUUCUAUUUUAGUGGUGUGAAUCUGAGAGUAAAAUGUUUUACCAUUUGAUUUUAUGGUUAUUAAAAAAAACACACAGAUCAGUCUUUGAAAGGAAUAUCGAUUUUAAAAGAGGUAUUUAAUCUUUGAGAUUUUUAAAUUAUUCAAGUCUAUCUUUUAAAUAUCAUGAAGUGCUUGUACAGAUUUUGAGAAAAUGACCAAACAGUUGUACAAGAUAUAUUUUUAUACUUGUUAUAUUUUUCAAAAUACCCACAUCUAUUUUCCCCCAUGCCAAUAUACUUAAUUUCUUUGUGUAUUAAAUAUUCAUACCAGUAUUUAUCAGCAUUGUCCUGUCAGGUUUGAGUUUAAUUAAUAUCUCAGAAUAAGUUGAGGCAUAUCUCUGAUCAUUAAACUACAGAGCAGAUGUAUUUAUUUUUUUGAUAAAACCUUUGUAAACGGUGAGGACUGCAUGUUCUGUUACACUCUUUGGUUUGAUUUUGACUAUGAUGGGCUCCACGUUUUUCAUGUGUAUUUUAAUAUUGUGUUAUUUAAUAUCAAAAACUGUCUGAUGUAAAACGGAUAACAUCUUCCAACACCAGUUCCAGAGCUAUAAUGUGAUUGUAAGGUGAUGUACAGCACAUUUCUAGCAGGAUGUUUGUUACCCUGUGUUUGUCUUUUGAAGGAGAUUUUUCCAAUAAACGGUCAA